AUGACAUCUUUUGUUUGCAAUCAGCAGAGUAACUGGAGAAAAUCAAACUGCUGGCAAUCUCCUGCAUCGGAAGGCGAACUGUUGGAUCCGGAACGGGCUGUUGGUCACCUGGCGUCAAAGAAUUGUGCAAGGAUUCUCAGCGCUUUUGACUUUACGAUUGAUGGUGCGCCGGCUUCCAUUGAGCCACUGCUGCAAGAAAAACGCUUUCAAGGCUUGAAAGUCACGGGAGCGGUCUCGAGCUUACUCGGGCAGGAAGGAAUUUAUGCUCAGGGGCUAUGGUACGACAACAAAGGCCAAUUUGAUUGGGUUUGGGCACAUAUUGAUAAUGUGCUCAAAUUGGAAGUACGCCAUGACACAAGAGCUCAAUGCAUCUGGAUGACUACUUACGUGGGGGAGUAUGCAAUGGGGUUCCCUCAUAAAUCCUACACCGAGUUUUGGAACGCCGCCCUGGCAUAUUUUGGAGCACCUUCAAUAGGCCCACUAUUGCAAGAUGACUAUUGCCCCGACUGGUGGCCAGCACAAAGUUCGGGAAUUUGGCCGGGACUACUGCGUCCAGGAGAGGAGCAGUGUGUGUUGACAUGGGAAGAAGAGCUUCAACAGAUGACUGAACGUCUCAGCGUUGAGGCAGGUGCCAAGACAAUCAAUUUGAGCUGCUCCAGCGCUCACGGGAGCUCUGGCCAACUGGGACAGCCAGCGCACAAUCUUUGCCAGCUGCGACCAUGGAACUUGGCCUUUGAUGGGGGAAUCAAGGCCAAACGCAAGGAACCGUACAAUGAAGUCACAAGCACCAACCCAAACACGUCCUCAGGUAGCAAGGGACGUAAACUGACUCUGGACCCUGAAGCCCCAAGGUCAAAGAAAAGUCAAAAUGAGGUGAUUGUCCGUGCCUUGGAUGGCUUUGUUUUUGUGAAGCAUAACAAGUUGGUUUAUCCUUGGUACCAAGACUUGACUCCUGAAUGGUGGGAAGACGUACAGGCCUACGGGUACGUGACAGCGCUUGUGGGCCAGUUCAAGUUCUUUGUUUGGGCCGGGUUUAUGGGCAAAGAUUACUUGGACAAACAUCUGGUAUUCAUGUGUAUAAAAGACAUUGUGGGGAUGGUGAAGGAAUCAAGCCCUCACUGGCAAUCUGGCUUUGAGGAGAUUCUGUGGCUGGAGUCAAAGGCCGGAUAUAGCUAUGCGCUGAUGGAGCCGGAUGCAAUUUAUGAUGAGGUCAGGUGGGCUGAAGUGAUUCAAAGUUGGACAAAUUUGCCGCCACCUCUAAGCCAGGAGGACCCGACGCUCCGCGAGGUGGACCGAGCCGGCCCACAGCCCCAGUGGUGGAAGGUCAGGGGCGGGAAGAGCACCUGGGAGUGGUUUACCAAAUCAAUCCGGGACGCAAAGGCAGGUGCAAAACGGAAAAUAAACCAAGAUAAGCAAACAUCCUGGAAGCGCAAGAAGGGAGGAAAGCAGGCCACGCCUUCCCCAUCUAAGAAAAGGGCAGUCAGCCAGGAUGUCGAGUACAGCCCUGGAAAAGGUGACCAAACUGAUGAUGAUGUAAUCUUUGAUCGCAGCAAGUUGCGACCGCGUAGAUCGUUGGUUCAGUUUGCGGAGAGCCUACCAAGGUUCGAUCCCCGGGAUGACGAGGCAGAGGGAGCCAAGGUGGAAGCGCAGGAAAGGGAGAAAGGGAAGGAGGUAAGUAAGGAUGAGGAGGACAGUGAUGAGGAGGAAGAAGGACAAGAAGAGGGGGAUGAGAAAGAGGACGAGGACAAGGAGGAAGCGGAAGACACGGAGAACAAGGAGGACGAGGAAGACGGGGAAGAUGAGGAAGACGAGGAAGACGAGGAUAAAGGACGGGAGAGGGGGGAGAAGGAGGGCCAAGUUGUGGCCAUGGAGGUUGACGAGGCUGAGGUGGAUGCUGAAGGGGAAGACAAAGUCAAGGACGUUGCCAUGUCAAGUCCGCCUGGCAAAGCUACUUCCUCCAAGAAAAUUCCUGACCCAGAAGCAGCUUCUCCUUUGUGUAAAGCAUUGCCUGCCCCCGCGCAAUUUGCGCGUACACCUGCUCCGGGGCCCAAGCUCACUCCUCCUCCUGCGUCUCCCUCUAAUCCGGCGCCUUCCCCAGUCACCGCGCCUCCAGAAACUUUGGGGUCUACCCUCACUCCUGCUCCCGCACUUCCCCUUGCUCCCGUGCCUUCUCUUGUUGCCGCACCGGCUUGUACGUCUCCGCCUGCACCUUCCCAGGAUCCAGCUUCUCCGGCUCUGGCUCUCCCUCCGGCUCCGGCUCCAACCCCGACUCCUGCCCCAGCCCCAGCCCCAACCCCCCCUCCAGCCCCGGCUCCUGCUCCUGCUCCUGCUCCUGCUCCUGCUCCUGCUCCUGCUCCUGCUCCUGCUCCUGCUCCUGCUCCUGCUCCUGCUCCUGCUCCUGCUCCUGCUCCUGCUCCUGCUCCUGCUCCUGCUCCUGCUCCUGCUCCGGCUCCUGCUCCUGCUCCUGCUCCGGCUCCUGCUCCGGCUCCUGGACCGGCGCCUGCGCCUGCGCCGCCAUCUCCCAUUCUUCCUGCAUCUCCCGCCGGUCCCACGCCCCCUUCUCUUGAGCCUCCCUUGAUCGCUGUGUCUUCAGCUUCUGUGCCCGCCGGCACACCACCUCCACCCCCUCCCCCUGCGUCUACGAACGCCUCUGUGCCUGCAACUGUCACUUCAGUUUCAGCACCUAUUCCCCCUGCCGGCUCCCGCUUGAUGCACAGUCAGUCCCAGAUACAUUAA